AUGAGCUAUGACGAGAGCGAGAGGAGUAGGCGCCGCCGCCGCCGCAGCUCCCGCUCGUCGGCGGCGCAGCCGCUGGAGGACGACAACCUCCUCUCCGAGAUCCUCCUCCGCCUCCCGCCAGAUCCGUCCUCCCUCCCUCGCGCCUCCCUCGUCUCCAAGCGCUGGCUUGGCCUCAUCUCUGACCCGGGCUUCUCCCGCCGCUUCCUUCUCCACCACCGCCGCAACCCUCCUCUCCUCGGUUUCUUCGUACCUUUCAAUUUCAAACCUGCAAUGGAUCCCCCCAAUCGUGUCCCGGAUGGCUACUUCUCCUUGUGCCUUGACCGCGAAAAUGGCGGCGGCAUCUUCAUGCCCAUGGGAUCCCGCCAUGGCCUCCUACUCAUGUACCAAUCAGCGCGGUACCAGCUCUUGGUGUGGGAUCCCUUCAACGUCGACCUACACCGCCUAGCCGUUCCCCCGGAGUGGCUGAAGGCCCCGUUCAAAGGGGCGGUUUUUCGCGGCGCCGGAGACAUUCAACACUUCCGGCUGGUCUUGGUAAGCACAGAGACAGACGAGCAGCAACAUACACGGGCCAUCGCCCGCGUUUACUCGUCGGAGACUGCCAUAUGGGGUGAUCGCAUAUCAACACCACUUCCAUCCAAACUUCCCACCAAGAGUCACAUGUACUUUACCAUAAGUGUGCUAGUUGGGCAUUCCCUUUACUGGUUGUUCGAUGACACAUCGGCAAAAACUCUACUAUUGGAUGGCAUACUUGAGUUUGAUUUGGAGAAGCAGAUCCUAGCUGUGAAACCAGUACCAGUGGGUAUUCCCAAGGAAAACAUGUGCCGAUUCCAGGUUAUGCGGGCAGAGGGUGGUGGCCUUGGCAUUCUCUUUCUGUCAAAUUUCAGUGCCCAAUUAUGGAAGGUGGAGACCGAUUGUGAUGGUGCUGCUUCAUGGGUGCUAGGAAGAACUGUUGAACUGUAUAAGUUACUUUCCAUUGAUUCAAGGAAGAAGAGAAAAUGGCACCAAUGUAUAGUGGGGUUUGCUGAGUACAAUAAUGUGCUGCUCCUACGGACACCUACCGACCUCUUCAUGAUCCAGCUUGAGCCACUGCAGUUCAAGAAAGUUUCCAAGACCAAGAAGUGGGCUCACUAUCAUCCGUUUGAAAGUGUUUAUGCUGCAGGAACGAGCAUUGGUGGUGGACAUGAUGGAGCUGAACUUUUGCACAAUACAUAAGAUGAUUGGUCGAUAUGCUAUUGUGAUGUAUUAAAUGAGGGAGUAAGCUUAUCUUUUUAGUAGUAGCAGAAUGGAAUAUUUCCCUUUCUUUUGCUUAAUUGAUAUUUUCUGUUUUCUUUUACUGGCUGCAACAUUGCAUUUGCUAUUUUUGUGGCUACUACUCAAUAAGAUCCAAGUGUGAUUCUUAUGUUGUCCCCUCUACAAGUAAUUGAUACCCAACAAUACCCGAGCAUUUGGCUUCGAACUUCGUUUAUUAACUCGGGCCUAUAUAGAUUGCAUUUCAUAUUGCUGUUCAUUUGCGAUUGUUGUAAUA